GGAAGUGGGUGUGUUUGAGUUAAGGAAAACAGAAAGCGGUGCUAAAAUAAAAAUAAAAAUAAGCACUCGAUUCUAAUGUAGCGUUUCGUGGACUUGCUGGACGGUUACGGUUCACGUCCCCAGGUGUGUCUGGAGAGUCAUGAGGUGUUCCCCGGAGCAGAGGGACUCUUUACCGGGCGACAACACGCUUCCAUCUCCUGCUGCCCUCGGCCCCGACCUCAUGGAUCCCGGAGGAAGUGAACUGGACUCCAGCCUGCCUCAGCCAGAGAACCCGUGCCUGAUAGUGGAGGACUCCCAGCCGGACAGCGUCGCUCUGGAGGACGACCCGGAGAGCAGCUACCGAGCCCUGUUGGCCCGGCGCCUGUCCAGCCUGCAGCCCACCUCCCGCAGCCCGGUCCUGGAACUGAUCUCAUCCCCGUUGGGAAGCAGAUGCUCUCAGACCGACAGCCAAUCAGAGAGCAGCAGCAACCAGGCUGAACCUGGCGUCGACGCUGCGGCCGACCCCAGUUCAGCUUUCCAGGAGGAGGAGAGUCAGGUCCUCAACAUCCCUCCCAUCAAGAAAAAGUGCAUUGUAGAGGACGUUGAAAUGGAUUCUGGAGCCGAUUCUACAACGCACUGCGUUCAGCCUGAAGGCGGAUCUUCUCAGUUUGGUUUUCUGGAGCUUUCUCAGAGUCAAACCCUGAACAGUCAGGAGGAAGACGCCGUCCCUCCAUCAGACACAGAGCAGGACGUGAGCUCCAGGACGUCAGAGCGUCAGGACAACAAGGCAGCGAGGUCUGAGGUGAGCUCCAGCAGCUCCUCAGAGUCUGUGGGUCAGUCAGCAAAGCAGAUCAGUGUCCAGGUUCUGCUUCACUCGCAGAACCUCCAGGACCAGAAGGACUGUGAGAUCCUGUCCUCACAGGAGGACAUGUUUGACGCCGACAAGACAGGCGCUGCAGUCGACAGCACGGUAUCCGAGCCGGAGCAGAAGGGUGGACCCACCCCGACGCCGUCCCACUCUCUGCACCUGCUGCACCUGUCUGGACAGGGGACGCUGGUCCAGGACAGUCUGUCCCAGAGCUCUGUGGAUUUUGUCGCCCCGACCCAGGACAACUUCACUCCUCUGAUUGUGCCCAGCACGCCGACCGGACCGGAGAAUGAACGCGGUGCUGAUGAGCCGAUGGACACUUCGCUGCCUCCUGAAGACCAAGCAGGGGCGAAGGACGAGCCAAUGGAAACCGAGGCUGCCGCUAAGCCACAACCAUCCGCCUCGACUCCCGUGUCCCAGAAUUCCCCUGGUUUUGCCUUAGACCGAACCCUCUCUUUACCCUCACAGCCAGACUUCUCUCAUGACGCUUUCGUCCCGACGCAGAGUCAGGAGGCGCCGCAGCCGUCGGACAAGAAGCCGUCCUCACCGCCUCGUCAGACGCAGUCUCAACAGCUGGAGUCCUCCACGUUCAACUUGCCUUUGCAGCUCUCUGUGAACACAGAAAGCAGCAGCACACAUCCACAGACCUCAGAGCAGGCAGAGGAGAAGGAGGAGGCCGAGAAGGAGGUCGAGGAGGAGGAGGUUGAGGAGGAGGAGGACAGCCAGGCCACGCAGAUAGAGGAGCUGGAGGAGCCGCCUGACGCCGACACCAGCGACUCUGUGGUUUCAAAAAGCCAGAGUAACUCCGUCCCCUCGGAAUCGCAAGCUGCCGCCUCCGAGUCCCCAAAGCUCAAAGCCCGAAGCGAAUGCGCCGAGACCGAACUGUCGCAAAAAUCUGACGUGCACAAAAGGACAGAAACUCCUUCUUUGAAUGUACAAAACGUAAAAGAUGGUAAGAGCGACAGCAAAGAGGCGGAUUCCUGCUCUCAGCCAAAACCCUCCGAUAACCCGUCCGUUAACAGCCGUGUGCAGGCGACUCCGCCCAACGCUGCUAGUUUACCUUCACAAUCUGGGAUCUCUCAGUCGUCCACUGUAGAUGUGGUGAAGAGCUCUGGAGACUUGGGAGGAGGAGGAGGAGGAGGAGGAGGAGGAGGAACUGCAAAGAGCCAGUCUGUAGAAUCAGUGUCACAACAACGCAACAGUCUGACGAAUGUGACGGAUGAACUUGAGCAAGAAGAAGAAGAAGAAGAGGAGGUGGUGAUGGAGGAGGAAGAGGAGAACACCGGCGGUGCCUCGGGAGUCGCUCUGGUCCUUUCUCAGAGCCAGCUGUGGUCUCCACAACCCAUGGAGGAGGACGAGGAGGACGAGAGUGAAGUCAGAGACUCCCAGGUUCAGGACAAAGACACGACGCCGCAGUCAAAGACCAAGAGCUCCCAGCCAAUCAGGGAUAAAGAGUCGGUCUCCACUAACGGCCACAAACCUGAGCUCCCUGAUAGGCUGUCGCAGACUGAGAGGGCGGGAUGUGAAGCAGAGGGUCUCAAAGACAAGAGUCUGAGCGACAGCUCGGGAGAGAUUUCCUUCCACUUCACUCUGCCUAAAGAAGGGGAGUUGAUCGGCCCCGUGGACGGAGCGACGCCGCCUCUAAUCAGCCAGCUGAAGCAGACCCUGAGACACAGCACCCCCAUCGAGAUCACCUCCUUCUCUGAAAAGUCGGACGUGGUGGGUGACGUCUCUGCAGACGUGGCGAUGGCCGCCAGCGACAUCGUGUCGGGGGAAAGCGGAGACAGCGCGACCGAUAAGAGCGACGGGAAGCUGAGUUUGAGGAUGAAGCUGGUGACGCCCGUGGAAGAAGGCAACUCGGAGCGUUUCAGCCUACAGAAGCCAACGCUAUCAGAAGAGGAUGGAUCUGUCGUCAAGGUUACUACUGUUUCCAAGGCUGUAACCAGCAGCCCCUCGGUGUUCAGUCGGGUCAGGCAGGUGCACCGACAGCAGGAGAAUGAGGAGGACUCCCCGUCUGGAGGCAACACUACACUGGUCAGGGGGGAACUGUUCGCCUCACCACAGAGGAGCUCUCAGGCGUCCUCGCUGGGAUGCAACAGCCUCCCCAACAGCCAAUCAGGGCCGGCAGCUCAGGAAUCAGAGGCGGGACCACAAAACAAGCUCAAGGACAUGCUUCUUCCAGCGGAUCUGUCCCAGGAAAGACGAGGACCAGAGCCGCCCCCUCCAAAGGGGACGGACGUCAGGCAGAAGGUGGUUUCCCGGCCGGCCUCUGAAAACGCCAUCGGCUCUGCUCCGUCCAACAAGCUCCACCAGAGGACAGUGUCCCAGCAGACCAGCUUCGAUGGCCCGGGGCUUCGUUCCCCAGCGGACAGGGGUGAACCGGAGUCUCCGUCCUUUAGAAGAAACAGCGUCCCGACUCACCGCAGACACGUCCGCACCAUCCAGGAAGUUCGGACCACCAUCACACGGAUCAUCACAGACGUGUACUAUGAGGACGGCAAAGAGGUGGAUCGCAAAGUCACAGAGGAGAGCGAGGAGCCGGUGGUGGACUGUCAGGUCCUGGACGGCGACAUCUCUCCGUGUCGCACAGGAAGCAGCUCCGUCACCUCCGGAGACCUGGCCGACAUCAGCUCCCUGUCGUCCAAGGCCUCCAGUCUGCAGCACAGCUCCGGGGGAACCAGCAGCAGCACCGGCCUCACCAGGCCCGACUUCAUCAUGCCGCCCAGCAGAGGAGCCCGAUCCAUGAGUCCCAGGAGGGGAGGUGGGCAUCAACAGAGGGGGCACAGGGGUCACAGGGCAGGGUCAGUGGUCACAGUGGACAGAGGCUUCGGCACCCUGGGGUCCCGGGCCUUCGUACCGCUGAGCCCCAGAGGAAGGGCUAGAAGGGGCCGACCCCCGUCCCGCUCCUCCCUGUCCAGGGGAGGAGGCGUCGGCUCCUUCCAGAGGCUCGGAGCUCACGGUCCGCCACAUUCGUCCUCCGAGGACGAGCCCUACAGCCGCAUGCUGCCCCCACGCCUCCCCGUCAGCCCCUCGGACCCCGAGCUCCACAGCCACUCGGACUCGCUCAGGUCGUGGCCGGAGGAGGCGAGUUCGGCCGGCAGCAGCUUUGUGGGCCUGCGGGUGGUGGCCAAGUGGUCGUCCAACGGCUACUUCUACUCGGGACGCAUCAUCAAAGACAUCGGCGAGGGCAGGUUCCGCCUGAGGUUCGACGACGGCUACGAGUGCGAGGUGGCGGGGAAGGACAUCCUGCUGUGUGACCCCAUCCCACUGGAGACCGAGGUCACUGCUCUGCUGGAAGACGAGUACUUCAGCAUAGGUGUGGUGAAGGGCCAUAAGACAGAGGGCCAGGAGCUCUUCUACAACGUGGAGAAGGACGGCCAGAGGCAGUGGUACAACAGGACGUCGGUCAUCCUGUCUCUGGAGCAGGGCAACAAGCUGAGGGAGCAGCACAGCCUGGGGCCCUACGAGCCGUCCACCCCCCUGGCCAAGGCCUCCGACAUCAGCCUGGAUAACUUGGUGGAGGGGAAGAGGAGGCGCAGAGGAACCCCCGGCGGCGGCGAGAAAACUCCCAACCGGAGCUCGUCCAGCAGCCCCCGGACCCCCGGCCCCUCCAGCAAGAGGAAGCUCAUGACCUCCGAGGAAAACCGGAUGAUGCCUGCUAAGAGGGGCCGCAGGGGGGCGGGAGGAGGCCGAGUCGGUCAGAGGUUGGGGGCGUGUAACACGUCCGGUAGCGGCUCAGAUCUCCCGGGUCAGACCAGCGACGUGGGGGAGACUCACGGUCCUUUGCCCCAGAACGCGUCUCUCUUCAUGGGCUUCGCCUUCAUGCUGACGGGCUCGUCCGAGAGCGACCGGCUCACCAACAAGCUGGACAGCGACGACGAGGAGGAUUACGUGCAGACGGGUCCAUACAACAAAGCGUACACGGAGUCCCAGCUGCAGGCGGGUGGAGGCUUCAUCCUGCCAGACUUCAAUGAGGAGCAGUGCAAGGCCGCGUAUCAGAGCCUCCUCAUCGCCGACCAGCACUGCAGGACCAGGAAGUACGUGCUGUGCUUGGCCAGCGGCGUCCCCUGCGUGUCUCACAUCUGGGUGCGCGACUGCUGCAAAGACAACAAGCUGCUCAACUACAGGAACUACCUGCUGCCGGCCGGCGUCGGGCCGGACGACGCCAUCGUGGAGUGGCAUUCCCGGUGCAGCCCGUUCAAAGCCCUGCGGGUCCUCCUGGUGUUCGAGAAGCCGGAGGAGCUCUGGGCCCAGCUGAUCACGAUGGGUGGAGGUUCCUCCGUCCGACACAUCCAGGGAGAAAAGGACAGCUCAGAUGUUCCCGCCGGCAAGUACGACGUGGUGGUGACGGACCACAGCUGUCCGCCGUCGCUGCAGACGAGCGCGGCGUCGCAGGACGUCCCGCUGGUGUCUCCCGAGUGGAUCCUGCAGAGCGUCAUCUGCGGCGAGCGCCUGGGUUUCCACAGCAAGCCUCAGUAUCGCCACGACUACUCGUCCUCGUAAUCCGGCCGUGCGAGAAAAAAAAAAAUGCCUUCGACCACCUUUAAGUGUUCAGCGUCCGGUUCUGUUGCAUGCCUCCGUUGUAUAUACACCCUUUAUCCUGUCUGUUUUUAUGGGCUAAUAAAUUGUGACCCUGGUUUCAUUUUAA